AUGAGUGAAAAUAAUUCUUUUAGUUUUGCACGCUUUGAUUACUCCACCGUCCCAUCAACUGCUCCAUCUAUCAAUCCGGUUUCAUCAUCGAACGCAAUAUCACCUGUUGAAGUAUCCGAUAUUCAUGAUCUUAUUGUCAAUCUCAAGGUGAAAUUUAACUAUCCAGAAUUACAUAAGUUUGUCGAUGAACUCCAACAACUGAAUGAUCUUAUGCAAAUAAAUGGAAAACGUGUUUCAAUUCUGCAUCUUUAUGCACUUAAAUCUACAUGUAUUCCAAUCGAUAUGAGUAAUCAAACAGUACGGACAACAUAUCGACCGAAUCUUUUCGUUCGAAAGAAUGAUAUGUAUGGACCAUGGAACUUCAAAUAUCUUCUCGAUCUUCUAGAACUUGAAUAUGAAUGUUCGAUGAACAAUGGUCAAUUUCCGAAACUGUGGAAAUCGACUUCGACAACUACAGUACAAAUUAAAGUAACACCAUGUUAUGAUCGAUCUCAUAGUUCUAUUGAUAAUCAAGAGCAAUCAACAACGAAUUCUCAAGAUGAUGUUACUCUUCUUGACGAGAACAUUGGUACUAUUGAACAUUUACGUGGUGCUGUAGCCAAUGAGACUAUUUGGGAAAAAAUUACUGUUCGAGUUUUAGUUAAGCAAAUGAUUCGUGACUAUGUUCAAUUGAAUGUUGUUUCAAAAAAUUCAUCUCAAGUGACUGAUCCUUACAAAGAAUCGAAGGCCACUUUAUUAGGUGAUAUUCAUCGAGUUCGUCGCUAUUUUUAUCACAGUACGGGACAAAUUCAGCAUGUUCCUUAUCUCGAUCGAAAUGCUGUAAAUUUAGCCAUUGAAGAAAUUCGACAAACAUAUGAUGAUGAUGGAAAUGUUCUUAUCAAUAUACAUAAUUAUUUACGAACAUUUUGCUUGCAAAAUACAACAGCUACUGAAGAAGACAGGAACAAACAACGAGAAGGAUGGAUGAAAGAACUCAAAUCACUCGAAGAAAAUAGAAGUAAAUUAGAAAUCAAUGUUAAACAGCUACACAAUCAAUUACUAGCAGCUGAGCGAGAUACAGUUUUAUACGAGAAACGCUUGUUCAAUAUACUACAAGCAGAGAAAAACGUGGAAACUGAAGUUCAAAAAAUGAUGGAUGAAGCACAAAAGAUAGCUUUAAAGAAUUUUCAAAAUAUGAAUUGGAUCGAGAAACGAGAAGAAGCCAAACUCAAAUUGAACGAAUAUCAAAAAAAGAAACAAGGUGCUCAAAAAGAUUUGAUUGACAAACGUCAUGUACACGAGCAAGCAAAACAUCGUUAUUUGUUAGCAGCAACCGAACUCGAUCAUGAUGAAAAGAAGAUUGAAGCAUUGAAAGAGUUGCUUGAACUCAAUCUUGCUAAUGAACAACGAAAAUUAAAUGUCAAAUUCGGUCGUGGUCUGCUUCUGUAUGGUCCACCAGGGACAGGCAAAUCAGAAUUGUUGAAACAAGCAGCCAUCUUUGCUGGUAUUACUAUGACUACAAAUCCUUUAGCAGCUGGUGAACUUAAUCGACCGUAUGUUGGUGAAACUGAAAAACUUCUCAUUGAUAUUAUGUCUCGUGCAGAUACUAUUCUAUAUUUAAUAUGUGCUAUGACAAUCGAUGAAAUCGAUGGUCUCGUACCUAAACGUGAUAACAAUGCACAACAAUCAAAAGUCGAUGGUAUAAGUGUCCUUUUAUCUCAUAUUGAAGGUGUAAAGAAUAUCCCAAAUUUGAUUGUACUCGGUGCUACUAAUCGGCGAAACAUGAUGGAUGAAGCAUUUCUUCGUCGUAUGCAAGCAAAAUGUUUUGUUGGUCGACCAUCACCACAGAUUCGUAAGAAAAUGUUGCGACCACUCUUGUCUAAAGGUUCAAAUUUAUUCACUAAUAAACAAUUGGAUUUUCUUGUCAAAGUAACUACGAACUUUAGUGGCGCGGCUGUUGCUGCACUUCGAUCAAGCAUUAUUGUUGCGUUGGAUGGUAAAAAUUCGGAUACAUUACCUGACGUUGUAUUACUUGAAUUAGCUGAUAAUGUAGCACGUGAGUUCAACUGUUGGUUUGGUGUUGGAACAUUACCAGAAAUAUGUCGCAUGUAUCCAAAUUUGUUCAACUCUCAACGUGAUCAGAAUUAUGAAGAGUAUUCAUUGACAUUAUCUCAACUUUUACCGUCAGGACGUAUUAUGGUUGAUUUGCGAGAACGAAAAUGUCUUAUCGAACUUACAAAUGAGCCAACACUUGAAAAAGAACUUCAAGACAAUGAAACAUCGAUGUUAACACUUAUUGCACGAUUUGUUCAUGGUUGCUCAACUCGAAAUAUCGACACUAUUCAAAUAAUUGAUUUAAAUUUUCUUACUAAACAAAAUGCUUUCGAUGAAAAUCAAAUAUUCGAACUACUAACUACUACAUUUCUUGAAUGUAAUGAAUAUAAUCGAUCAAUGCUCAUUUUCGAUAUUGAUUCUUUGAUUAUGCUUACUGUAUCUGAUUCGGAAAUGUCUAAAUCAGAAUCAAUUUCUAAUAUUCGUUUAUAUCAAUUCAUUCGUGAAAAAUGUAAGACAGCCAUUGUUCAACAAAUCUCUUCAGAUAAGGAUAUUAAGAUGGUGAAAGAAAAAUGGAUUGUCAUCAUUGUUAAACAUCCACUUUUACGACAAUUGAUCAUCGAUGAUAUCGAAUUCAAAGAAACUGCAGAACAAUUACAGAAAGAAGAAGAUAAUAAAAAGAAACGAAUUGAUGAUGAAACUGAAAAAGUCUGUCCUAAAUGUCAACAAAAUUAUAUUCCAUCGAAGACUAACUAUGGAAAUUGUCGUUAUCAUGAUGGAUUCAUUUAUGAUCUCGAAGGAAAUAAUGCACUAAGCAUGGACGAAGCUCAAAGUAAAUUACAAAAAGCAAAACUUCGUCAACAACAUGCAUCAUCUGAACCACCACCACAAUUAAUUUGGGCUUGUUGUCUCGGUGUAUUUGGAGUUGAUGGACCAUGUCGAGUUGGUUUGUGUGGUUUGCCAGAAGAACUCAAAGAACAAUGUGGUAAUGCUUCCAAUCAAAUAGAGAUUGUUCAAGAACAUUUCAAGAAAAAUCAAGCUGCCUUAACUAAAAUUAAUAAAUUUUUAGAGAAUUUCAAAAAAGCAAAUACUACAUUUUCAAAUACAUCAACGCCAGUAAGAUCAUCAACAAAUCCAUCAAUAAAUAAAAAAUGA